UCUGAGCUGGACAGGGUCUGGUUGUCUGCUCUCUGCUCUCUGCCUGUAGAGUGGGUUUGUUGUCUUGUUGCACCAUGUCUGGAAGAUCUGGGUCUGUUUGUGGGAUUUCUUGCAGAUGUGGAGCUGCCUCAUGGACCGUCCACCCAUUACUGACCACCUGCAUGUGACAUUGGACACAUCCGCAUGGAGCAAGGAACCUCUAUGGCCAGUGACCACCUUACCCUGUGUGAGAUCUCCAGCAGAAACCUCCAGGGCUACAGAAAUGUCCUUAUCGCAGAGGACGCUGCACGGGACGCUGUGCAGAAAUACAUGUCCUCCUCCUACUGCUGCUAUAGACCCAGAGCAGAAGAGCCGGUUAUCGAGAGGUUAACACAAAUGCCUCUUUACAGAUACAAACUGGAGACUUUCACUGAAACGAGGCACAUUGAGAAAACCUGCAAGCCUUAUACUGAUGCGAGUGUAAUUUUAAGUGCCCUGAUAUCUGUAGGUCAGCGGAUUGACGCCUCAUACAACGAGCCUCUGUCACUGCUUUGGGAAAUUGAAGUCUACACCCCAAAAAUGUUUCAUGAAGGGUCUAAGAAAUUUCCCCUUCCUGGAUCCAGAGAAAUAAAGUCGUGCCAUAAAUGUGGUGGUCGGGGACGCUGUAAAUGCUCCAGAUGUGGAGGAUCAGGACAGUUCAGAUGUCGAUGCUCCAGCAGCAGCCGCCAGAGAUCCAGAAACAAGAGGUGUCCUGCGUGCUCAGGGAGCGGCAGAAAGAGGUGCAGCAAAUGUUCUGGACGAGGCAGAAGAAUCUGUGUUUCAUGCAAUGGAGAAGGACGACUCUUAUAUUUCCAGCAACUCGCUGUAAAAUGGAAGACGCUGCGCUCCGAGAUCGUUUCGGAUCCGCCUGAGCAGGCGCCCAGUUUGCCGCUUAUCCUCCUGCAGAAGGUGACGGGGGAGGUGAUUAUGACAGAUGAUGAUGUGAGGGUUCGCCCUGUCCCUGGAUUUGCUGAUGUCCCUGACGUAUCUGCCACCUCUGCGAGACUGAUCCAAGAUCACCAGGACAGUUGUGGCCCCUCGUGUCGUAUCCUGAGGCAGCGGCAGACGCUGGAGAUGAUCCCAGUCGCUCACGUCCAGUAUGGAUCCGGUGGGAAGAACCUCUCAUGCCAUGUAUAUGGCCGGGAGCGCAGAGUCUACGCUAAGCGGCGCCUUCAUGAUCUCCCCUGUGGCUGCUCGGUUAUGUGAGAUCUGGAUGUUCCCCGCUCUAUGUCUGGAAGCCAUUGCUUUGAAUACAAUAUAACCAAUAAAUCGCUUCAUGAGGUUGCGCUCGGCUACAGACAACGCUUUCAUGUUCUACACUUCAACCCGCGGCUCAUUGCAGUAAAGCGUGGACGCUGCGCUCCUGUACAGGCAACAAUGUAAGAAUAAAAUGGACCAUAGGGCACCACGUAAGCAAAUAAUACAGCCAUAACAUUGCCUCCCAGCGCCACUUAUCUGUGAGCAAUGGUGGAGCAGUAUGUACGGAGGUGGACGUGGCGCUACAGGACUAUAGGGGCGGGGUGCAGACUGGAGUAAAUCUGCAGAAGGGGAGCAAGGACAAAAUCCGAUUUCCCCAUUUCUACAGAACAUUGAUCAGUUACAGAUGUGUCCAGCAGGUGGCGCAAAUGCAGCAUCAACCGGCUGCAAGAACAGGGGAAAG